AUGGCCCUCGCCGCGACCCCGCUGCUCGCCCUCGCCCCGGCCCCGAUCUGCGCCUCCCAGUGCUCCCUCCUCUUCCUGCGCGCCGGCCCUCGCGCCCCGGCCCCCGCCCUCCUCUCGCUCCGCUCCCCACGCCUCCUCGCCGCCAAGGAGCCCGACCUCGGCGGCGGCGGAUCGGAAGGCGGCAGCGGGGGAUCUGGGAGCGGCGGCCCGCAGGGGGGUGGAGAGGGGGACGGGGAGGACGAGAAGAUGGGGGAGGGGCUCUCCAUGUCGCAGAAGCUCACCCUCGCCUACGCCGCGCUCGUCGGAGCUGGUGGGGUGAUGGGGUACAUGAAGAGUGGAAGCCAGAAGUCAUUGGCUGCAGGAGGCAUAUCAGCCCUGCUUUUGUUCUUUGUCCAUACUCAACUCCCAGUGAGACCUGUCUUUGCAUCAUCGAUCGGGUUAGGUAUAUCGGCUGCACUGCUGACAGUCAUGGGAUCUCGCUUCAAGAAGUCCGGGAAGAUAUUCCCAGCGGGUGUCGUGUCCCUUCUUUCCUUUGUCAUGGUCGGCGGCUACUUCCAUGGGAUCUUGCGUAGCUCACAUGUGUGAUGCAGUCAGUUGCAAUUACCAUGUGCACUUCUGGGCUUCUGCAGCACUUUUUUGUUUUGUUUUGUUUCAAAGCACUUGUCGGCAGUUCUUUCUUUUGUGUUCUAGGAUCUGUUGGUGGAUGAUGACUAUCAUUAACUUGUCGCUGAACUCGUGUUACGCUCGACUAGUGAACAAGCGUGUGAUCUAGUGGUGGCGGAAAUCAAUAAUUUGGAGA